CCUCGGCAACCUCCUCCGCCACACCAUUUCCUUCUUCAGACCCCUCUCGAUGGAUCAUGCAGCCGUGCGCGUCUCGCAAGCUCCCCCGUCCCUCCCAUGGCCCACACUCGUCCAGCGAGUGCCAGACCCCGCGCGAUGCUCCUCGCCCCCUCCGCCUCCGCCUCCGCCGGCCAGACGUGGGCACCCCGUCCACCCGCCCCGCCGCUCCGGCGCCGCCUCCUCGCGGCGCGGCGCGGUCGCGUGUGCGUGCCCCGGUGCGCCGGCGCCGCCCCUCCCCCGCGCCCCGGCGCCACGACGCACAGCCCAGCUCGCAGCAAGUGCUCGCCGUUGCUUGAGAGUGCUCUGUUGCUGCCUGGUGGAAAUGAACCGGCUGCGGAUGAGUGGACGGCGGUUCCGGAUAUUUGGAGGACAGCAGCAGAAAAAUACCCUGACAGUGUAGCUCUGGUGGACCCUUACCACGAUCCUCCGUCCGAGUUGACUUAUAAGCAGCUUGAACAACAAAUACUGGAUUUCUCUCAUGGUCUGAGGGCCGUGGGUGUUGCUCCAGAUGAAAAGCUAGCCCUUUUUGCUGACAACUCGUGUCGUUGGCUAGUUGCAGAUCAAGGAAUCAUGGCUACUGGUGCUAUCAAUGUUGUUAGAGGAACAAAAUCUUCCGAUGAUGAACUGUUCCAAAUAUACAAUCAUUCAGAAAGUAUUGCACUUGUUGUGGACAGUCCUCAAUUCUUUAACCGGCUUGCAGAAUCUUUCAUUUCAAGGAUUAAUGCAAGAUUUAUUGUGCUACUUUGGGGUGAUAAAUCAUCCCUAAAUAGUAAAGCUGUGAUGGACAUACCAGUUUAUGACUACAAUGAUAUCACUGUACUUGGACGAGAAAACCGCAAUGCAUUGUGCUACUCAAGCGAGCAAGGUAUCAUUUGCAUGAUAUCACAAUGUGAUAUAAAUCACAAGAAAUGUUCAGCUGGGGAUGUAUGGAGCCGGCAAGGUGUCUUCGAAGCCAUUACUCCAGAAGAUGUUGCGACUCUAAUAUAUACCAGUGGAACAAGCGGCACACCAAAAGGCGUGAUGCUUACCCACCGAAAUCUCUUGCAUCAGAUAAAUAACAUGUGGGAGAUUGUUCCAGCAGUACCUGGUGAUAGGUUCCUAAGUAUGCUUCCACCCUGGCAUGCAUAUGAGCGUUCUGCCGAGUAUUUCAUCUUCACUCAUGGAGCUCAACAAAUUUACAGUAGUGUGAAAUACCUGAAGGCAGAUUUGCAGAAGUACCAACCUCAUUACGUUUUCUCUGUACCACUGGUCUAUGAAACUCUGUACAGUUCGAUUCAGAGGCAGAUAUCUUCCAGUUCUCGUGCUCGAAAAACUGUUGCCCUUGCACUUAUCAAGAUAAGUUUGCUAUAUAUGGAGGCAAAGAAGAUAUUCGAGGGAACAGUCUUAUCAAACAAUCCUGUCAAGCCAUCGUCCAUUUCCUACAUGUUCAAUUGUCUAUGGGCAAGAAUUGUCGCUGCUCUUUUGUGGCCCUUGCAUAAUCUGGCAAAGAUGUUAUUCUACAAGAAAAUCCAUUCUACAGUCGGAAUUUCGAAGGCUGCUAUAAGUGGUGGUGGAAGUCUCCCGAUGCAUGUGGACAAGUUUUUUGAGGCCAUUGGUAUCAAAGUGCAAAAUGGCUAUGGUCUAACAGAGACUUCCCCUGCUGUAGCUGCUAGGCGUCCAUUCUGUAAUGUUCUUGGCACAGUUGGCCACCCAAUAAAGCAUACAGAAAUCAAGAUUGUGGACAUAGAGACCGAUGAGGUGCUCCCAGAUGGUUCAAAGGGGAUUGUGAAGAUUAAAGGGCUGCCAGUAAUGAAGGGAUAUUAUAAGAAUCCAUCUGCUGCAAAUAAUGCUUUGGAUCAAGAAGGUUGGUUCAACACUGGAGAUAUAGGCUGGAUUGCACCUCACCAUGCCACAGGGCCUAGUCGAAAAUGUGGAGGGAUGCUUGUUCUUGAAGGGCGUGCAAAGGAUACGAUAGUUCUCGCUACAGGUGAAAACGUUGAACCUGCUGAGCUUGAGGAAGUAGCCAGCAGGAAUAGCUUGAUUGAUCAGAUAAUGGUUAUUGGCCAGGACCGACGGCGCCUUGGUGCAAUUGUUGUUCCCAAUAAUAAUGAAGCUCUAGCAGCUGCAAAAAGAAAGUCGAGCGUUGAUGGGAACAAUGAUGAAGCCAAAGAUACGGUCAUGAACUUGCUAUAUGAUGAGCUGAGAACUAGGAUGGCGGGUUGCUCAUUCCAGAUUGGCCCUAUUCUUGUUGUUGAAGAACCAUUUACGAUUGAUAAUGGUUUGAUGACACCAACCAUGAAGAUAAGAAGGGACAGAGUGGCAGCCAAAUAUCAGAGUGAAAUUGAAGCCUUGUACAAGUGAGAUAUGGACCCAGUGUCGGCCCAUAGGUCGUGCAAACAAGUCAACCGCCCCGAGGCCUGUUUGAUGGAAGACAAAUUUUAGGAUGGCCCGAAAUUGUUUUGGUCCGUUCAUUUUUAAGACGGUGUAAUAGGUUAUGUUUACCUUGUCAAGGUUAACAGAAUCUUUGCACUUCAAUAGUUUUCAUUAGUUAGCAAAAACUAAAUGGUAGGGUUAAUGUUGAUGGAAAGAAACAUGUAGCCAACUACUGAUACACUGUACAUAUCCAUGCAAAAUCAAAUUUUUAAUGGGCUGGUAUGGUAUGAAAACCAUGUAAACGGAUAUUAUCUCCUAAUUAUUCCUUUU